AUCCAUGGCUUGUAACCAUGACAACAGCUUCUACUGUUGAUCAUUUCAAGAUGGCGGACGAGGAAAAAACUGCGCUCAUCAUUUCUACUGAAGCCAAGAAACGUCGCGCACCUAAAGCUCCAGAGCUUCCUAUUGUGGAGAGGCGAAACUGGCUCAUCCACCAGCACUACCUCCGCAAAGACUACGAGACCUGUAAGGUGAUCAUUAAAGAACAACUGCACGAGACCAGUGGAAUGUGUGAAUAUGCUAUUUAUGUUCAAGCACUAAUCUUACGUCUUGAGGGGAAGAUCCAACAGUCCCUGGAGCUGUUUCAGAGUUGUGCCAUCCUUAAUCCCAGCAGCAGUGACAACCUCAAGCAAGUGGCCAGAUCACUAUUCCUUCUGGGAAAGCACAAAGCAGCUAUUGAGUUCUAUCAUGAAGCUGCAAAACUCAAUGAAAAAGACUGGGAAAUCAGUCAUAAUCUGGGCGUGUGCUUUUACUUCAUCAAAGACUUCAGAAGUGCUGAGGAUCAUCUGAAUGCGGCACUUCAGAUAAAUAAACACGACAAGACUUUCAUGAUGCUUGGGAAGGUUCAUUUGCUGGCUGGAGAAACCGACAAGGCCAUUGAUGUGUAUAAGAGAGCUGUGGAGUAUUCUCCAGAGAACACUGAACUUCUGACCACACUUGGCCUUCUUUAUUUACAGCUUGGUAAAUACCAAAAAGCCUUUGAGCACCUCGGGAAUGCCCUCACUUUUGACCCAAACAAUUACAAGGCCAUCCUGGCUGCAGGCUGCAUGAUGCAAACCCACGGUGACUUUGAUGUGGCCAUGAACAAGUACCGAGUGGCAGCUUGUGCUGUGCCUGAGAGCCCCCCGCUCUGGAACAACAUUGGCAUGUGCUUCUUUGGAAAGAAGAAAUAUGUAGCUGCCAUCAGCUGCCUGAAACGCGCUCACUACUUGUCUCCUUUUGACUGGAAAGUGUUGUACAACCUUGGGCUGGUACACCUGACCAUGCAGCAGUACGCUUCAGCCUUCCACUUCCUCAGUGCAGCCAUCAACCUGAACCCUCGGAUGGGGGAACUCUACAUGUUGCUGGCAGUGGCUUUGACCAAUUUGGAGGACGUGGAGAACGCCACCAGAGCAUACGAACAAGCAGUGAAUAUGGAUGAAUCCAACCCCUUGGUCAAUCUAAACUUUGCAAUAUUUGUGUACAACCAUGGCGACAAGAAGAGAGCUCUGGAUCAGUAUGAGGAGAUGGAAAGGAAAGUGAACCUUCUUCGGGACAGCAGUAACAACUUUGAGUUUGAUCCUGAGCUGAUGGACAUGGCUCAGAAGAUGGGUGCUGCCCUGCAGGUGACAGAAAGUCUGGUGUGGACCAAACCAUCCAAAGACUCCAAAUCCAAACCACACUCAGCUGCAGCAAGCAAACCUCCCGGUGUUCCUCUCGGCACUAACCAGGCUCUGGGUCAGGCUAUGUCUUCAGCUGCUAGCUACAACAAGAACAUCCAGCUUCCUACAGGAGGUUCCAAAGGCUCUUCUGUGGCUCUUGAGCCAGAGGCUGAUGUGGAGAACGCCCCUAGCCCCCCUACAGACCCCCCAGGCUCCCAAGAACCCGAAGACUCUGUCUCCAAACCAAGAGUCUCUAAGAAGAAAUCAAAAGUGGAGGAAUGAAUUCAUGUAUUGGUUACAUAUCUGUUAUUCUUGUCUUCUAGUGUUAUUGUAGUUAAAGAUGUCAGCCGCGGUUCAAGACUUAGGUAUUAAUGUACCAUAGAGUCAUGUGAUGAGGACUGAUGGUAAAGCUUUGUGUUACUCCAUUUUCUAAAGAACUGUCAAUGUCAGGCAAGUUUGGUCUAAUGUCAAAACCAAGUUUUUAAGCUAAUUAUUAAUAUCAACAUGUAUGAAGUUGCUUACUAACUUAGUAGUGAGUUAAAAUUAUAAAUUAUAGUUAUAGUAGUUAUUGUAGUUAUAUAAUUAUUAUAACUAUAAUAUUAUAGUGAGUUAAAUUAUUUCCCAUGUAGUGACAUUCCUAUAAUAUCUUAAAAAGGAGAAACUGUGACAAUCACUGUUAAAACCAAGAGAGUAGCUAGCUUGUUUGGAUCACAGGAUGUGACUGUGAAUAGAAGAUUCUUCAUAAGUAUUAUGUUUAUACAAAAGUGAUGUAUUUAAUAUUAAAAAGAGACAGUAAUAACAAA